UCGCUACGUUUGACCGAUGUUGCCGAUAUUUUUUCGCUAAGUUGGCAACAGUGCUUUGUUUUCCAUGUGCGUCAUUUAAAUGGCUGCUGCUGGUUUCGCACGUGGACUGUUGGAGAAGUACGGUUGGUCCGAAGGCAAAGGACUCGGAAAAAAUGAAACCGGCAUCGCAAAGGCGUUGAAACCGAAGCUAAAAUUUGAUACUGCUGGGGUUGGGCAUAGGAUCGACCUAACAUCCCAGUGGUGGAGCAAGGCAUUCAAUGAUGCAGCUAAGAGCAUCAAGGUUGAUGUAUCAGAUGGCACUACCACUGUUACCAAAGAAGCAAAAAAGGAAAAGAAAAAGGCCUUGCCAAAGCACUCGUACAGUGGCUUCAUUAAGGCUGGGGUUCAAGACGGAACCAAUUGGCUAGAAGCCUCUCCUGAACCUGCAGUGCAAGAACCCAAUACGGACGAUGAAUUGCCUGAAAAUGUACUGGAUGAGGAAAUUUUCAAGGCAUGUGGUGGCCUUACAGCACACAAAGCUGCAAGGCAUGGCCAUAACAUGAGUGGAAAACUGAAACGUGUGCAAGAACAAGAAGAUGGCCUGUGUACAUCAGUCAGUCGAAAGAAGAAGCCAUCAAGGAAAAGACCUGCAGUGCUGAGGACAAAUGCCAAGUCGCAAAACCGGAUGACACUUCGAGUGCUGCUACGCCGAUUGCUCUGCAGCAGAAGCCAGAUCGCCCAAGAAAGAAGUCUCACAAGCAUGAAAAAAGGAAAAGAUGACGAAGUAAUGAUGUAGGCUGAAAGCUAAUAUAAAAGAAUAGUUUUGUGCAGUU